AUGUUAUGUCUUCCUGACUAUGUGGAGUAUCAGAUUGUUCCUGCACCUUCUCUACGUUCUUUGUUCCCAACGGUUAGCGAGGAUGCUCUAGAUCUGUUGUCAAAGAUGUUCACUUACGACCCCAAGUCAAGAAUAUCGAUCCAGCAGGCUCUACAACACAGGUACUUCGCAUCUGCACCAUCUCCUACUGAUCCUUUGAAGCUAGCAAGACCGAUUCGGAAGCAGGACGCUAAAUCGUCUGAUAGUAGUAAACUCAAAACCUUCAAGAAAACGUUAUCACCUUCACAUAAGCUUAGAAGAGUGAUCCCUGACAGAGGAAAGUCUGGUUAUGGUUUAAAGGACCAGAGCGUUGAUGUGAUGAAACAAGCUAGUCAUGAUGGUCAAGCUCCAAUGUCUUUAGAUUUCACCGUCUUAGCCGAGCGGCCACCAAACCGACCAACCAUCACCAGCGCUGAUAGAUCUCAUCUGAAGAGGAAACUUGAUUUGGAGUUCCUAUAG